AUGGCAUCAAAUCUUACAAUAAGAACCGGAGAAGGGAAUUCCGAUGAGGGUUUUAGUUCAAGAGUUCAUUAUCAAGAUAAGUGGGGGAAUUUCAGCAGUGGUGGAAUAAGUUCUGAGAUUCAAGAAGAGUUUUCAAACGAGUUCUUUGAGAUUAACAAUGGAGUUCCUUCGAAUACGAUAAAUGAAGAAGUUGAAGGAAGUGUAUUUUCGUUUGAUUUUCACAACAGGGAUGAUGUUGUUUAUGUUGCAGUAGGGACGAGCGAAGAACCAAGCAUGGAUGCACUUAAGUGGACUCUGAAUAAUGCUGUGAAUCCUUCUUCAACUCUUGUUUUUCUGAUUCAUGUCUUUCCUGAGACAAAAUACAUCCCUACACCAUUGGGAAAGCUUCCAAUUAGUCAAGUGAACCCGGAGCAGAAGGAGAACCACAUGGCUCAAGAAAGAGGAAAGAGAAGAGAAUUCCUUCAAAAGUUUCUUGACGUCUGUAUAGCUUCCCAGGUGAAGGUGGAUACCAUACUUAUUGAAAGUGACAUGGAGACAAAAGCAAUACUGGACCUCAUUCCCAUCCUCAACAUCAGAAAGUUGGUUCUGUGCACCACUAAGUCUAAUCUAAGGAAAAUGAGGUCUAAGAAAGCUAGUGGUGGAGCUGAUGAGAUACUACAGGAUGCACCAGAAUACUGUGAGAUUAAGAUCAUAUGUGGAGGAAAUGAAAUAACUGACCUGAAGUUUGAGUCCCCUUCUGCUUCUCCCUCUCCCUCUCCAAGGGCUGCCGACCGAAGUCCCAAAUCUGUGCAAGAGCAAGAACAAAUCAAUAAUGACUCCUUCUCAUGUGGGUGCUUCAGGCCUAAGACUAGAUUCUGA